CUCUAAUCAAAAAUUUGUUUAAUGAAAACUUUCUUUAUUCUUUUUUUAUAUUUUUAAAAAUCAUCAAGCAUCAUGAUAACAGUAUUGUAUGAUACAGGAAUUACCCGGAGUUAGAAAUCAUGUGGGGAAUAAGGGAAGGAAAAUGGUGACAAAAAAAAAAAAAAGUAAUAACCCUUGUCAAUUUUUCUUCACUUCUUUUUUUCUAUUAUUAUUAUUAUUAUGGAUUAUUCCCAUUUACUUGCUACUAAUUACAAAACUAUUAUUGCUCAAUAUUUAGAAGAAGAUGUUCCUUCAUUUGACUAUGGAGGUUAUGUCGUAGGUGAAGAAGAUCAAGUCGCUACUUUAUAUUGUAAAGCUGAAGGUGUUUUGGCAGGUGUCCCCUUUUUUGAUGAAGUCUUUAGACAACUGGAUUGUCGUGUAGAAUGGCAAAAUAAAGAAGGUGAACAUUUAAAACCUGAAGGAAAAUUAGCUGUGGCUCAAGUAUAUGGUAAAGCUCGUAAGAUUUUAUUGGGUGAACGAACUGCUUUGAAUAUCCUUUGUCGUUGUAGUGGUAUUGCUUUAAGAGCUCGUCAAGUCUAUGAAUUACAAAAAGCCAAAGGAUUUAAUGGUGUUAUUGCUGCAACAAGAAAAACAACACCUGGAUUUCGAUUGGUAGAAAAAUAUGGUGUACUUGUAGGUGGAUUGGAUACUCAUCGUAUGGAUUUAUCAUCUAUGGUAAUGCUUAAGGAUAAUCAUGUAUGGAGUUCUGGAUCGAUUACUAAGGCUGUCAAGAAUGCUCGUGCUGUUUGUGGUUUCUCUUUGAAGAUUGAAGUGGAAUGUCAAUCAGAAGAAGAAGCUGAUGAAGCCAUUGCUGCUGGUGCAGAUAUUGUUAUGUUGGAUAACUUUACUGGUGAAGGUCUCAAGGUAGCUGCUAAAAGUAUCAAACAAAGAUGGGCUGAAAAAGGUAUCAAACAUUUCUUAAUUGAAAGCAGUGGUGGUAUUACUUAUGAAACUUGUGCAAAUUACUUUUGUGAAGAUAUUGAUAUUCUCAGUAUGAGUACUAUUACUCAAGGUGUUCCUCAUGUUGACUUUUCUCUCAAGAUCAACAAGAAAUAAUAAAAUCUACCCCAGUUUUGAAAUCAUCCAAUAAAAAUGACGAUCUGUCUUUGAAUCUA